UUCACCGUCAUCGAAGGAUAAGUGAAACGUCAAAAAUCAACUUUUCAUCCACAAAAAUUCAUCACAGGUCGUUCGUGUUCAGAAGCCGAUGAAAAAAGUCUUACAUUUCUGUGAUUUUCGCAACAUUUUAGUGUUAUAAGUACUUGUAUCCUAAUCAUUGCUAGUCAUUGCUACCAUCGUCAUUUAGUAGUAUUACAAAUCAUUCCAAUUCCGUUUGUGCCAUUUGGUGGAAUUACAAGAAUUUAUCUUUUUCGCUCAUCGUGAAUGAAUCGACAGAAAAAAGUUCCAUUGGAUUUUUUUUUGCUUGUGUGACGAGCACCUGCAACACGAUCAAGUGUGACCGAAAACAAGUUGUUCUUAUCGGAGGAAAAUACGAAUUUAUAAUAGUUCUAUUGUGUUUUGAGUGAACUGCGGCGAACCUACCGAACAAGACGUCGCAGUUUGUUGGCGGCGCUGGAUCAAACAAGUCAAGCCUCGAAGCAGCUGUUGGUGAAACACUUUGCACAAAGAGACCCAUUGAAGGUUGCAGUUUUUUCUUCGUGGAUGAGCUGAAUAUGUUUUGCAAUCGUAGUUAUCGGGGUUUCGUUUCGAUCGAACGCAGUGGCAAAUUGCAGACGGACUGAAAGCAGAAAAGUUUUGUUUUUCGGGAGUGUGAAAACUGAGUGGAAGCGAUCAUGUUCGCUUCACUGAAGAACAAGAUCAAGGAAGAGACCGGAAGCGAUGUGACUACGUUGCCACCGAGGAGUUCACAGUCAGAAAUGUCGAUGGUGUCAGGCCAACGAUUCCGGCGAAGUAGAGGUGAAUCGGUGACUAGCAUGGCAUCGAUGGAUGAGUUGAGUCUACUGGAGCAGAAGGAUGCCGAACUGAGUGCUACGCGAAUUCAGUUGCAGGAACUAGCUGUACAAUACAACGAGUUAAGAGAUCAGAAGAGAGCAUACGAAGAAGACAAAGUAAGACUGGAAGAUGCUAAUAAAUUACUAGAGGAGUCGUUGAAGGUGGCCCAAGUGCAAAAGGACUUGCUUUGCGAAGAGCAAGACAAAAUACAGAACUUGCAACAACAGGAGAUCUCGAAACUGAAAAGUAUGUUGCUGUUCAGGGAGCAGGAAGCAGUCGAUCGAAUAUCAUAUCAAAAGGCAGCCGAACAAAAGGUUGAGAGUUUGAAGCAAGAGCUUGGACGGGUACGUGGCAUUGAGCCCAUGAUUGAGGAUUUGCAGGACGAACUUGAAAACAUUCGACAUUCGACCAGCAUCGAGAAGAAUAAUCUUCGGUCGAACUUAGCCACCGUAGAAGAAGAAAACCGUCAUCUAAAGAGCCGCAUUCAGGUCUUGGAAGAGAGUCGUGCCUCACUUACUUCAGGAAAUACGGAUGAGAAAUAUCGCUCCCUGCUACAGGAACGAAAGCUACUCGAGCAGCGUUUAGAAGAGGCUCAUCUGCAUCUGUCGGACAUCAAAAGUAGCUGGAGUGGUCAGAACCUGUCUCUCGAAACUCAGGUGAAUCGGCUUUCCCGACAGGUGGCGGAGGAAACCCGCGAGAGACACAACGCUCUCAAAAUGAAGGAUGAUCUCAUGGAGAAAACCAAACAGCUGGAGUUCGAGCUCGAAAAGACUCGGAAUGAAGUGAGUCAAAGGGAUAACAAGAUAAAAUUAAUGAGCGAAGAGAUAGACGAACUGAACUCCGCGUUACGGGAAGCUCGGGAACAGCAUGAAGAGGAAGUGACGUAUAUGAACUGCAAGCUCGAACAACUACAGUUGGAGUUGAACAACAUCAGAACCAAUCUCACCGACACCGAACAAAGACUAAUGGAUUCCCUGGAAGGAUCUGACCGAUCGAUGAAUUCUUAUAAAUCCCAAAUUUUACAACUAGAGGAUAGCGUGCGCACACUUGAUGGAGAACUGACGAUGGAGAAGCAAGAAAAACUUUCGAUUCUUAUGAAAAAUGCAGAAAUUUCUCAAAAAGAGGAAAUUCUACGGAAAGAGCUCCGGCAGGAACAGGAAGAAGCUCAGGAACUGCAUGACCGUGCCACUUUAUUGCAGAGAGAGCUGGAUAAAAAAUUGAACACCGUUAAUGAGCUUCGUAAGCAGAUCGAUGAAUUGAUGAGCACAAACCUCGAACAAAAUGCAAAACUGGCUUCGCUUGACAGUCUGCACACAGAAUUGAUUGAUAAAAAUAAGAUCAUAAAAAUUCUAAAUCAACGAUUAGUCGACAUGAAGAAAACUCUGCAAGAGGAAAUCAAUAAUAAUACCAACGGUGUCACCAUCAAUAGUGGCGGAUCUCACUCGAAACAUUCCGAACACGUCUAUGAGCGGUCCAGCUCGAGGGAAAAACAGGAUUUCACUGGAGUUAAGCAACAUAAUGGUGCCAUUAGCCACGUUAGUAAUAGCAACAGUAGUAACAAUAACCACAGCCAUAACAAUAAUCCCCACGCCAGUCAAAACGGAGCGCCAAAAGCCAGUGGGAUAAUAGUCAUGGAUGAAGUAAACUUCCGCUAUUUGAAACAUGUGAUAAUAAAAUUUCUUACUAGUCGAGAGGUUGAAGCACGACAACUCGUCAAAGCGGUAUCCACGCUGCUGCAAUUGUCCUACGAAGAAGAAAAACUUCUGCAGGACACGCUCACGUGGAAGAUGAGUUGGUUCGGUAGCCGACGUGGUCAGCAUUCCCAGAUCUCCCUGUCAACGAUACCACCAAGUUAAAACAAAAUCGAUAGAAAAUACUAAACAAAAGUGAUCAGCUUAUUUCUAUAUGUGUAUAGCAUUAUCUCAAAUCUAAACAGUCGCAAGAUCUGCUCUUCCUAUCUCUCUUAUACGACAAAAAAACAAACAAACACACGCAAAACGAGUUAAUAUGGCAAUAUAUACCGAGUAAGGAAUACACAAAACAAUAAAUUCAAUCAAUUAUUUCAAAUACCUAAAACAUAAUCAAAUAGAGAGAGCCACAACUCGAUAAUAUCAAAGACAAAUUGAAGUAACCUUACCCAACUAGAUGAUCGCUUAUUUGUUUUCACCUCAAGAGUAUUAUAACCAAAGCUUCCUGAUGUAGAGUUACUGUAUUGACAUUUUAAGCUCGAGCAUUUCCUCGUAUCUUGCGUCACAUUUCCAUUAUGAAAUUAGUAGUUUUUCUUUCAUUGUAUUCUUCGAGCUUUCAUAUUCAUUUAAAUUUCAAUAGUACUGAUAGUUUUUGUUAUAGCCUCAAUCAUUUAUUUUGUUAUAUUGUUUCACUAAGUUCGAAAUAACCCGAAUCUCAUUGCCUCGGAAGUAUUGAUUUAGCGUUAAAGCACAUUGAAACACAGAGACGCACGCAAAAGCUGAAAAUGGUUAUUGGGCUACAUGCCCGAACUAGAUUAAAAUUAUUCACCCGUAUUCUUGUUUACGAACGACCAAAACUUUCGAACGAAUUGGAUUCGUUCACUCAUUUCCCCUUUUUGAGCUUAAGCGAGAAUGUGUAUCAACUUUCGUAAGGACUUCGGAGAGGUAAACAAGAAUAUUGGUGAAGAGCGGAGCGAAGUAAGGAAGUUAUUAGGUGCAUGCAAUGUGCAUGCGAUGAGGGAUACAUAUACCUACUAAUAAAGGCAUAAUA